CAAAGCUCUACGCAUAUUCUGCAAGUGUCACUCGCCAUGUUUUUCUGCGGAUAUUAACACUCCUUUUGAACCAAAUACAAUCUGGUCAUUAUUAGUUUGUGUGAUAGAUAAGUAGCUGAGAGUUUAUUUCCUUAUUUUUAUUAUUUUGAGAAAGAGGACGAGCCACGAUGACACACGACGGUCAUUUGAAAAUUGGAAUUGUUUGUUCCAGUAAUCAAAACAGGAGCAUGGAGGCUCAUAACUUUCUUAGCAAAAAGGGAUUCCAGGUGAGAUCGUUUGGGACAGGAAGUCAAGUGAAGCUGCCAGGAGCUGCCCCGGACAAGCCGAACAUCUACGACUUCAGCAUCACUUAUGAUGAGAUGUAUAAGGACCUUAUUAGGAAAGACCCAGACCUCUACACCCAGAACGGAAUCCUGCAUAUGUUGGACAGGAACAGACGAAUCAAGCCCAAACCUGAGCGCUUCCAGGCUUGCAAGGACAAGUUGGACGUAAUUAUCACGUGCGAAGAGCGCGUGUAUGACCAGGUCAUUGAUGAUCUGGAGUCCAGGACGAAGGAUGAAAAGCAAGCUGUCCACAUCAUCAACAUUGAUAUCCAGGACAACCACGAGGAAGCCACGAUAGGAGCCUUCAUGAUAUGUGACCUCGUCACACUGUUGCAUACUUCAGAUGACUUGGAUAACGAGAUCGACGAAAUCCUCCAGGAGUUCGAAACCAUUGUGGACCGGGCUAUACUGCACACAGCGAUAUUCUACUGACGGGUGUAAUAGACACACUGAAUGAACUGUGAAAACAUAGUACACUUGGGGACUCUCUCAAAAGCGAUUCCACAUCAAAUGUCAGCACUACCAAAUAUUUGUGUUUACAGUACACAUUCACACAGAAGUAAAGAUCUAUCAGGGUGGGGUAGGGGCGGGGUUCAUGACGGGUUUGAGACAGGAGGGGUGGGAUCAUUUACGGGUGGGCAGGGCGUUAGAUCGGGGUGGAGUGGGGAACAGAACAGGAUGCCCAAAUAUUUUACAGUACACGUUCAAACUGAAGUAAUGAUAUACUGUCGGGGGUGGGGGUUGUGUGUUUUGUUCAGUAAGAGUUUGAGGCAGGAGGGGGUGGGUCAUUUACAGUGGACAGGGCAUUAGAUCGGGGUAGAGAGGGAUCAGAUCAGGAUGCCCAAAUAGUGGUGUUUACAGUAAACAUUCUCACAGAAGUAAUUAUAUAAUGUCUAUUUGGGGGGGGGAUUUGGUGGUGGUGGUGGGGUUUCAAGUAGGGUUUGAGGCAGUAGGAGUGGGAUCACUUACGAGUAUGCAGGACAUUAGAUCGGGGUGGAGCGGGAUCAGAUCCGCGUGGGGAGGGGGGUCAGAUCAGGGUGGGUACAUGCUUGUGCCAGUUCCGGAGGAAGGACACGAUAGGGGCAUUACUGGGGUCAGAUCAGUAUGGAUAGUAUCUGCCUUUCAGGAAUACUGGUCUGCUCCAAGACUAGCGCCGGCCCUGGUAUAGACUUGUGGGUGGUGAUUCAGGUGCAAGGUCACUUGAUGUGGCAGUUGACCACAACAGGUCAAGAAUGUAUUCUUUGGACAAGUCGGGCGUGGGAAGCACGUUUUCAUGUUGAUAACAUAUUGUUCGAAGGGCACGUGCGCUCUUCACACCUCCUCCAGGUGCUGUUCACUUCUGUCCUCUCGGGACAGCACAGUUAAGCAUUUUAGUGCAGACUUGAGAAGACUUUUUCUUUUUCUGUUAAGUUAGCCAUGCAGCAGAAAGAAUAAUUUGAAUGAACUGGAAAACCAGAUGAGAUGAAGUUAGGCAUCAUCCAAUGAUAUCCUCAAACUUGUGACAAGCUCAACUGAAACUUCUGACUCCAAGAAUGGUGCAGUAACGAUAUUGAGCUGACUCAGCAAUUUGCCAAACUUAACCACGUGUUACGUGGUUAGCCUUCUCCGUAAUGUCGUAUAUCAAACUGAUUGAUUUACCGUAAAGACACACACACAUAUACCAUCGACAAAAAAAUGAGAGAACUGGUGAAAUAAUAGAGUAAUGACGAUGGCUAAACCAAUCGCGUGAGAGAUGAUCAAUACCUAGUGUGACCUCCAUAUUGGCUAUACAAGCAAGACACCUCGAUGGUAUACUGUUAAUUUAUACCCUUUGCCCUUGGAAUUGCCCACCAUGAAGUGGUACCAGAAGCUGGGUCACGUUGUCUUCUGGCAGAUACUCCAUUAGAGACAUGUCAGUAGAUGUAUCUGGUCAAUCACUGGGUGCAGGAGACCAAUGUCAGUACGCCACCUCUCUGGAGAUAUUCGGUGACAGCCUUGCCGCAGUGUCGUCUUUCAUUGCCAUAUCCAGCCAAUAUGGGUGUAAUAUGACCCAGGCCUGUAAAAAAUAGAUUAUCAUACCUGCUGCCAAAGGUUCAGGUAACCUGGGAUAAGGGCGUCCCCAUAUCUUCAGUACCCACACUUCGUCAUUUUGUGAAUGGAGAUACUGUGUGGGAAGGGUUUUGAUGGUGUGUUCGGCUGCAGUUGUGAUCGGGGCGGUGGGGUAGCCUAGUGGUUAAAGCGUUCGAUCGUCACGCCGAUGACCCAGGUUCGAUUCCCCACAUGGGUACAAUGUGUGAAGCCCAUUUCCGGUGUCCCCCGCCGUGAUAAUGCUGGAAUAUUGCUAAAAGCGGCGUAAAACCAUACUCACUCACUCACUCCACUGGGUGAUCACAAUUUGGCCUGAUUUGUUAACGUAUUUUUCGGUUUUUGUAUCACAGCGGGUAGGGUAGUGGUUAAAGCGUUCGCUCGUCACGCCGAAGACCCGGGUUCGAGUCCCCACAUGGGUAUAAUGUGUGAAGCCCAUUUUGGUGUCCCCCGCCGUGAUAUUGCUGAAACAUUGCUUAAAGUGGCGUAAAACUAGACUCACUCAAUGCACAGGCAUGACGUGCUGUUCUUUCAUCUUUUGAAAUUUCGUUGUAAUGGGAUGCUGUGUUAUGUGCAAUGCCUCAGUUUUGUAUAUGUACACCUCGACGAUAGCUGCAUCCGAAUCCUUCGUUACCUUGUAUUUUGUCGAUGGUAUAUUUGUAUUUAUUUCCAUCUGCUCCUUACCUAAUGUCAUGAGAUUGCUCGCUUGUUGAGUUUUUGCUCACAUUGUGUAAAUACUGUACAUAUGUAAUUAUUUGUAACAAAGGUCCACUCUUGACAUAAAGGAUUUAGUGGGAACUUCAGUAUAUUACCAUGUAUCAAAGUGCGCCACAGCGCACCCAACGGAAACAUGUCGUUUGUACGAUGUAAAAGCUGAACGGUCAUUGGUCGGAACACUCGGUGAAGCCAGGACGCUGCUUGAUUGGUUGAAAUCAGCCAUUGCACAGCAAAGCGGAAGUGUUCACGUGGGCAGUAUUGGCGAUGCUUCAAAUUUACUUUUACGAUUUGAGGAUGCGCUAAAACGUUAAUGUUCCUCGGGAGGGUUUUUCUGGGAAUUUUAGAGGAAUGCUUAAUAUAUUUUUUAACCAAACAUUCCAAAAUUGCCAUUGGACACAAAAAUCUUCUGGUCUCGGCUCUCUAAUACAAUGUCAGUUUUCGUACAUGACUACAGACUCGAUUCCUGUGACGCGGGGGAAUUUGAAAAUGGAUUUAAUGCCGCCGAUGUUCGAGAAACAUUGUUACUUGUACAUCAGUUGGAAUAAGACUUGGGUUCAGUAUUGGCGAUAUUAUCAAUGACCAGCUUCGUGGAACGUUAUCCUCCCGGUUUAACUAUAUUGUUAUUCAUUAGAAUGAAUUGGGAUUGGUGAACAGGCUUUACAGCUUAUGUUAACGUUAUCCUUCUGAUGUAAUGUCGGUGAUGUCUCUUGGUAUUAAUCGGUUUGGUGUUGGGUAAACCUGUGUGAGCGAACAUCAGAAGCACAUUGGCUCUUUGAGUUUGCUUUGUGUUUGGUAAACUCGUUAGCCAUGUGAUGUUGAACCCAUGCACCAGAGCUACGUGACAGAACAUCACGUCAAAUCUGUAACACCCCACAUAAUGUCUCUCGCCGAUGAGAGUAAUUUGAUUGGACGGCUAUUUUUAGCAUCGCGUCUUUCGUAAUGAAAUAUAGAUACAUAUAUAUUAGUCUUCAUACUAUUGGGGUUAUCCAUAUGAUAAAAAUCUAAGGCCUAGUUCCACAAAGCCGAGAUAGACAUACAAUAGUCGUGGCGCUAAGAUCGGGUCCUGUGAUUGAAACCUAUUAUUUCAGGUUCGGAUCCUGGUUCGUCAUUUUUAUAUUAAUGGGUUUCGCCAAAAUAUAAACAUCUCAACCUUGGGCAUUCCUCGAACAUCAAGCUGAGAGGCGUGGAAUAAGGUAGUUUUAAUCCAAAGUACCUGUUUUUGUAUUAGAUUCAAAAUUCUAAUUGCGGACAACUCACUCAAUAGGGCGAUCUGCCGCCAUAUAUCUGGCAUAUUGCUGAGUGCAGCGUUAAACAACUAACCAACCAACCAACCAAUAGGGCUUUCAGCCCAAUCUGCCCAUAUACGGGGCGGUGGAGUAGCCUAGUGGUUAAUGCGUACACUCGUCACACCGAAGACCCGUGUUCGAUUCCCCACUUGGGUACAAUGUGUGAAGCCCAUUUCUGGUGUGCCCGCCGUGAUAUUGCUGGAAUAUUCCUAAAAGCGGCGUAAAAUUAAACUAAUCUCAUGUACCCCAGUUGGGUAGAUACAUUGUAUUCGGAAGAAUGUGCCCACACUUCCUUUCUCCCACUCGCUCCACACACGCUUAGGUUAAGCAGACGCUCACCGUGGAGAUAAUUAUGACAUUAAAAAGACAAAAUGAUUGAUCUGUUACAGACAUUUUCAUGUAUAAUGAAAUUGUUUGCUUGAAAUAAUACCCAUUUCCCGAGACUU